GUGAAUAUACUUAGCUGUAGAUAUAACUAACUUGUAACUUAUCAAUCUAUCUUACUUUGUUGGUUGAAUUAGAAGAACGCAAGAGUUAUGGGUAGACCGAAGGAAGAACAUUACUGGAAUCAAGUUACAAAAGGAAACGCCGGAACGUGGAAGUGCAAGCGCUGUGGACGUGAGUUUAGUGGAGGUGCUUCUCGAAUUAAAGCUCAUGUGGAUCGAAUCCCAGGAAAAGGUAUAUCUGCAUGCUCUGCUUCACCUCAUGAUAAUCAUCCACAACCACAAGAAACUGCAAAUCCAAUGGAAGGGGCUGCUGAACAUGAAGAUCAUGAAAUGGUUGAUGCCUUUCCUGGAGGUUUAAUGCAGCAUCCAGUUAAUGUCAAUAAUACUGAACACAUCAACUACUUGCCGGGAGGCUCGGCAGCGGUGGUCCAAAGCAACAACGUUGGUUUUGUAAGUGAUGAAAUUAAAAAGUUGCUUGAAUUGCUGCAUGAUCUAAGCCUUGAAGAAAACGACAUUAAGGGAGAGUUAGACUGGCUUAAGUCUCAGGGCAAGCAGAGCAAGACACAAGUUGAUGAUUGGUUGAAUGAACUGCAACAAUUGAGAAACAAAGUUGUUGAUCUUGUGAAGGGAGCAUCUCAUAAUUUCAUACAGCCAUUAAUUUUACAAAUGAGCGAGCUUAAGAAGGAAAAGCCUGUGGUGUUGUCAAGUGAAUUUGUUGGUAAAGAUUUUGAGAAAAAUGUUAAGAAGAUGUGGGAGCUUGUUGGAGACGAGAAAGCAUUGAUGAUUGGGAUACAUGGAAUGGGAGGAGUGGGUAAAACAUGUCUUGCAACUUAUAUGGAAACUCAAAUCAUAAGGAAAGGAACUUUCAACCGCGUCAUUUGGGUCACGGUGUCCCGUGAAUACAGCAUUUCAAAGCUUCAAGAAGACAUCGCUGAAGCAAUUGGUGUAAAGCUUGGUGGAAAUGAGAGAAUAAGAGUUGCACAUUUGUCAUCCGCAUUAUCAGAAAAAGGAAAAUGGGUGCUUAUUUUGGAUGAUGUUUGGAAAUUCAUUGAUCUGGAAAAGGUGGGAAUCCCUCGUUGUAGAAUCAAUGGCUCUAAACUGAUUAUAACAACUCGGUUGAAACAUGUGCUUCGACAGAUGGACUGCCCCACAAGUAAUGUAAUAGCAAUGCGUCCUCUCUCUGAGAGUGAAGGUUUGGAGUUAUUUCUUGCAAGACUUGGUGAAUAUCACAAAACGCCUGCAACCUUUCCUCCUAAUAUAUUAAAGAUUGCAGGGAUUAUUGCAAGGGAAUGCGAUGGUUUACCGCUUGCAAUCAGUGUAAUGGCUAGAACCAUGAAAGGCGUUGAUAGCAUUCAUCAGUGGAGACAUGCGUUGAAUAAACUUGAGAAAGGGGAGAUGGGGGGAGAGAUGGAAGAAGAGGUAUUUCAAGUAUUAAAACCGAGUUAUGAUAACCUGAUGGACACUCGCUUGCAAAAUAGUUUCUUGCAUUGUGCAUUAUACUUUGGCUUCUGGAAUUUUGAUGAAAGGAUAAUGAAUCUGGUUGACAAUGGAACCAUAAAUAAUGGAAGGAGGAGCUUGGAAGAAAUUUUUGAUGAAGGCCAUACCAUAUUCAAUGAACUUGAAGACCAUUCAUUAUUGCGUCGUUUUUGGAAUAUACAGAAUUCAGUAAGAAAUAUGGCUUGUCAGAGGUUGAUAGUUAGAUGUGGUAAAGAAUUGACAGGAAUACCUCACGUGCAUGAAUGGAGUGCUGAUUUGGAGUUGGUUUCGUUGGAUACAAACAGGAUAAAAGAAAUCCCAGCGGGUAUAUCACCCAAGUGUCCAAGAUUAUCCACCUUGAUUCUGAGUAAUAAUUGCAUCAGUAGCAUCCCAGAAUGCUUCUUCACACACAUGAAAUCUCUAGCAAUACUUGACCUAUCUGAAAAUGGCAGUUUAACCUCUCUGCCGGAUUCCCUGUCGGACUUGACUUGUCUUGUUUCUCUACUGCUUGAUAAAUGUUAUGCUCUGGAAAAGGUGCCUCCAUUGGAAAGGCUUCAAAAAUUGUCAAGGUUGAUAAUUUCAUAUACUAAAGUUGAGGUAGUUCUAGGCUUGGAAAUGCUGACAAACUUGAGAUGGCUUGAUCUAUCUUACAAUGAAAAGUUGAGGUUGGAAUCAGGGAGGGUGCUGCGUGGUCUGACCAAUUUGCAAUAUCUGAAUCUCUUCUACGCAACUCUGUCAAAUGUGGAAAUAGAGGAUGUACAAGGGCUGACCACUCUUGAAUAUUUUGUGGUUGGCUUUGAUGACUGCAAAAGCUAUAACAAUUUUGUGACAAGUAUAUGCAACACAGGUUCUGUACCCAAAUCUUAUCUUCUCUAUUUGGGUAGUAUCGAGGAUAACGAUGAGAUUAUUGAAUCUUAUGAUCAUAUUGGUCCAAGUGGUGACCACCAGCGAAUUGUACAUUUAUUAGAUUGCAAAGAAUCCCCGCAUUUGCUAUCCCCUCAUUUGCUGCCAAAUGAUCUUACCAAUCUCUACAUUGAUUAUAAUGCACGAUGGGAAAGCUUAUGUGAGGCUCUGUCAAAUAUUACUCCUUCUUUGGACAACAUUCAAAUUGCGAGAUGCAGAGAAAUGGAGAGCGUGCUUUGUUCAUUUGGUAAUUGUUCCUUUUGCAGUAAUCUGAACAACCUUCAAUCCUUGCAGCUUUACGAAUUGGACAGCUUAACAGUCAUUUGUAAAGAUGAUGUUGCUGCUACUGAUACAACAGCACAAUCUCUCAAACCAAAUGCCGUCUUCUCUCAACUCAGGCACUUGGAGAUCCGUGAUUGCGAUGGGAUAGAAACGUUGGUAACAGCAGGGUUAUUGCCCCAAAUUCAAAACUUGGAGACAUUAAGUGUAUACAGAUGUAAUUCAUUGAGAGAAAUAUUUGCAGCGAACAGCAGUGGUGCUGAUAGUGAGGAUGCUGCUUCCACCAUCAUUACACUCCCCAACUUAACCUCACUCUACUUGUACGACUUGCCAAUGUUAGAGACUGUGUGCAAAGGAAUUAUAAUCUCUGAAUCAUUCCCGGAUUUGGAGACCGAAGACUGUCCCAAGUUAGAAAGUCGCUUUCCAUUUAAAGUCUCGUCAUCAUAG